AUUCGUAUUGACAAUUGUGAGCCAAAAUACAAGUAUCCACUUGUUUAUUAUUUAUACUUGUACCUGUAAAUUUUAUUUUGGCUUACAAUCAUGUAUUACUUAUAUGUAUUACUUAUAUAGAUGGAACGAAAGUCCAAAUUUCUCUAUAACGCAUUAUCUCGCAUAAUUGGUGAUAGAAUUGUAAUUUCAAAACCGACAGUAUUUCAAAUGGCUACUGUAAAGUAUGAUCUCUUCCCUUGUAACUAACAAAGUUGUUAAGAUCCACAGGGUGAACAAAUCUUUUUUGACUCCAAAAUACAAAAACUAUUUAGUAAACAACUGAUUCUUUUACGUGGCUUUAGAUUUAAAAGCCCAGAAUGGUCAAUUCAAAAUUACAGUGCAAAGGUAUUACUCUUAAAGGUUUAAGAUGUAAGUUGAAAGCUCCUGUUGGUCAAGAAUUCUGUCAUUAUCAUAAAGAUCAAAGUGGUCCCCAAUUUUCCAACAAACGACGCGAUCAAAACAAUGAUACAUUAGCUAAAGCUAAAACUAAAACAAAAACUAUAACUAAAACUGAACCUAUUGAAGCUUCUACUAACAAAAUUGAAACAAUCGGAGUUUCUACAAAUUCUGAUAAGGCGGGAUAUAUCUAUGUUUAUACUCUUUCAUUUCUACUUCAGCCUAAUAAAAAUGAGUGGUUACUGGUUAAAAAUUUACCUAAAAUAAAAUCAAGGCAUCACAAUAAAUGGGUUCCAUUUAAUUCAAAAACUUCAGAGUUUAUCCUUGUGAAAAUCGGUAUGACUACUAAGUCUGUUCAAGAACGAUUAUUUCAAUGGAAAUCAAAAUGUAAUCAUGAUUUAACUGUGGUUGUACCCUCAAAAUCUGAUUUUGUGAGUGAUAGACAGGCUCGGGUCGGCCAAGUCUCAUUAAGCGAAAUUCGGGAUUUUCGUAGAUUUGUUUUGGACCUUACCAAGUUAUUUAAUAGACUAGCUAUAUCGGAUUCCAAUACCUCUAAGGCUAAAGAUACCUUACCCCAUUAUGAAAGUUUUCGUAACCAAGGAUUUUAUUGUCCUAAAAACGUUAGAAGUAUUGAACUGACCAUUCAUAAAACCUUACAUAAAAAGUAUGGAGGUGGAAGUUUAUAUUGUACAGGAUGUUCUGAAAAUGCUGCAAAACGAACGAAUAAGCUGAAUAAAUCUACACCAUUUAAUUCCGAUUAUAAUAUACAUGUCGAAUGGUUUUUAAUUCCCAAAUCGGAUUUGACAGAUGCAUUUAAAUUAAUCGAUGAUAUAUGUGUAGAUUUAAGUAAAUAACAAUACA